AUGAAGCUACAUUCCCUGGUCAUGUCCGAGGUGACCAACACCACCGAUGGCCCCUUCUCCUUCACACUCACGGGCAUCCCUGGAUUUGAGGCCUCCCACACCUGGAUCUCCAUCCCCUUCUGCUGUCUCUACACCCUCUCCAUCAUGGGCAACGCCGCCGUCCUCACUGUCAUCCGCACCCAGCCGUCCCUGCACCAGCCCAUGUACCUGCUCCUCUCCAUGCUGGCCCUCACUGACCUGGGGCUCGCCCUCGCCACCCUGCCCACUGUCAUGCAGCUCCUCUGGUUCAAUGCUCGAGCAAUCAGCUUCAAAGCUUGCUUUGCACAGGUAUUUUUUAUCCAUACAUUCUCCUUUAUGGAAUCUUCUGUGUUGUUGGCCAUGUCCUUCGACCGCUAUGUGGCCAUCUGCCGCCCCCUCCACUACGCCACCAUCCUCACCAGGGAAGUCGUCGGCAGGAUGGGGCUAGCCAUCAUUUUCCGCUGUGUUCUGGCCGUCCUCCCCUCCCUUUUCCUGCUCAAACGCCUGCCCUUCUGCCGCUCCCACCUUCUCUCUCACUCCUACUGCCUCCACCAGGACAUGAUCCACCUGGUCUGUGGUGACACCCGGUUCAACAGCUGGUACGGAUUUGCUCUGGUUUUGCUCAUCAUUGUGAUGGACCCUCUGCUCAUUGUGUUCUCCUACGCACUCAUCCUGAAAAGCAUCUUGGGCACAUCCACAUGGACUGAGCGGCUCCGGGCCCUCAACAACUGCCUGUCCCACAUUCUGGCUGUUCUGGUUCUCUAUGUCCCCAUGGUUGGUGUAUCUAUGACCCACCGCUUUGCCAAGCAUGCCUCUCCACUGGUCCAUGUCAUCAUGGCCAAUAUCUACCUGUUGGCACCUCCUGUGAUGAACCCCAUCAUUUACAGUGUAAAGACGAAGCAGAUCCGCCAGGGAAUUAUUCACCUUCUCUCCAGAAGAAACAUGCAUUAA